CGAAGCAUGGCGCGGGAGCUGAGCCAGGAGGCCGUUCUGGACUUCCUCUGGGAGGCCGGGGGCCGAGCCCCCAACACGGCGCUGCUUCGCCACUUCCAGCAUUUCCUCCGCGAUCCAGCCCUGACAGAGCCGCAGCAGCGGGAGCGCCGCGAAUACUUCAAGAGCCUCGUCAAUUCCCUGGCCACCGUCCACCCCGCCGCCGCGCCCGGCGCCUCCAAGGACAUCGUCCUCCGCCGCAGGUACCGAGACCUCCUCGAUGAGGAGCUGCCGCCGCCAGAGGAACAGCAGGAGGAGAAGAAGGAGCCGCCACCGCCCCGACGCGACCCCGACGGGAGGCGCUGCCCCCCGGGGGAGGCGGUGGAGAACAGGCACCUGGGCGGGGAGCAGCCCCAGAGAGCCGCCGUCGCGGGGGGCUGUUCCGCCCGGGGCCGCGGAGGACUCUGCUGCGAGUGUCGCCGAGCGCGCCGCGCUGCCGCCGCCGCUGCCCCGACGCGCCCCGGGCCGUCCCGCUCCCGUUCCCCUCCUCCCCCAGCACAGCCGCCCCCCUAUCGGACCCGGCCGCUGUCCUCGGGCCCCUGGGCGCUUCACCCCGACGGGCCCCCGCGCUGCCGGCCCCCGGCGCUGCCGACGGGUUCUGGGGCGCUGACCCCCGCCGGGCUGCCCCCAUACCAGACCCCACAGCGGCCCUCUGCCAGACCGUCCCGGUGCCAGUCCCCACCGUUGUCCCGGGGCCUGCCUCCCUCUGGGUCAGCCCCAUCCGGGUCCCUGCCACCACAACGCCCUGGAGGGUCUCUCCCAAGCCGAGCCCUGCCACUGCCGCCGGGUCACGGCGUGCUGCCCCCUGACAGACCACUGCCCCCUGACAGGCCACUGCCCCCUGACAGACCACUGCCCCCUGACAAACCACUGCCCCCUGACAGACCACUGCCCCCUGACAGGCCACUGCCCCCUGACAGGCCACUGCCCCCUGACAGACCACUGCCCCCUGACAGACCACUGCCCCCUGACAAACCACUGCCCCCUGACAGACCACUGCCCCCUGACAGGCCACUGCCCCCUGACAGGCCACUGCCCCCUGACAGGCCACUGCCCCCUGACAGGCCGUCUCAGCCCCCGCCUCCCCCGCAGCUCCCCACCGAAAUGCCCCUACUGAAGGCUCCGCCACCCUCAUCAAGCCCGGGGCGGCAGCCCUGCAGCAGACCGUCCCAGUCCCCCCUGCUGCCAUCGGGCCCUAGGGCGCUCUCUGCCACCGAGCUGGCCCUUCCCAGCUCCCCACAGCCUCCCCUCCCCGAGGCACUCCCAUCCCGGUCCCUGCCGCUGCUGUCCGCUCCAGGGGUGCUGCCCCUGUCCCGGUCCCUGCAGGCGCUCCCUGCCAGCACCUCCUCAACCCCACAGCAUCCAUCAGGCCCAAACGUGCUACCCUCCACCAGGCUGCCCCCGGCACAGUCCCGGUCCAUGCAGCAUCUCUUCACCAGUCCAGCCCCACUGAGGUCAUCCAGGGUGCUGGCCCCCAGUGGACCAACCCAACCUCAAACCCUGCUGCUGCACCCACAUCAAACCCUGAUACUGCCAUCAUGCCCUGGGGUGCUGCCCCCCACUAGGCCACCCCCAUCCCAGUCCCCACCACAGUGCUCCACCCAAACACCCCCUGCCAGGCCACCCCCGUCCCAGUCCUUAAUGAAAGCAGAGGGCCCUGCAGGGCCCCAAGCCCCAGAGAGCAACCCCCCAGCCCCACUACCUAUCUUCCGGAGCAUCAGGUGCCAGCUUGCUUUGUUGGAGGCGCAGGGCAGCCCUCCGUCGCUGCCAGAUGACUGCGGGCGGCAGCCCCGCACCUUGCCCUCCAAGAGCUCCCCUCGGCACGUCCCAGGCCGGGGGCUGCUGGUGCCGCUGGGGCAGCGGGAGCACGCCUGGCUGGUGGCGGUGUCAGCGGGGCGCUGGGCGCGGGUGCGGGGGCUCUUCCUGGAGGAGCCAGAGCUGGCCCUGCAGCGGGAUUUCAUGUCGGGCUUCACCAUCCUUCACUGGCUGGCCAAGCACGGCGACGGGCAGGGCCUGCAGGAGCUGGCAGCCGCGGCACAGCAGGCUGGGCUGGCCCUGGACGCGGACGCGCGGUCGGGCUGCGGGUACACGCCGCUACAUCUGGCUGCCAUACACGGGCAUCAGCUCGUCAUCAAGGUGCUGGUGCUGCAGCUGGGCUGCCAGGUGCAGCUGCGGGACAGCAGCGGGCGCAGGCCCUGGGAAUACCUGGGCAGCGCCACCUCGGGGGAGAUCUGGCAGCUCCUGGAGGCUCCCCGUGGCACAGUUAUGUUCCCCACUCAGCCCCUGGCCCGCAGCGUGUCCUCCGUCAGCAAGGCCUCGCUGCCUGCUGGCAGGGCAGCACUGCCUGCCUGCCUCAGGCCGCAGCACGGCCGCCGGGCAGCAUCCCACCGCACCGGCAGCGAGAGUGACUGAGAGACGGCUUCCUGGGAUCCCUGCCAGUGGAGAUGGGGCCUUGCUGGCCACCGUGCAAGGGGAAGCCAUGCAGACAGAAAAUGCUGUGAAACAGAC